GUUUGUCUUCUUUCUUGUUAUCUUGCAAUCCGCCUUUGCUUAUAGUGAUCUCAAUAGAUUGUUUUGGUUUAAUGUUUAUGUAUCUCAAUCGAAUAUUUUUUUGCAAUGUUAGCACAGGGUGGUUUCAUACGAAUGCAAAUUAGCUAUAAGCCUGUGGUCUUAGCAUUGAUGUUGCUAGCUGACGUUUUGUUACCAAGCGAGAAGUCACACUCUGCGAAUUUUUUGUAAAGGAGAAAACGUGAAAGCGUUGGGAGUACACGCAUUUGAGGAUGUAACAACUUCGAUUUCUUGUCACUCGGAGCAGGUGCCGCAAUAUUAUUUUGCAGUCUCGGAUUACACAAAAUUUAGGGCGGCUCAGGACUUGGACUACGAAUCAUGGGUCACGUUUUCGUGUUUGUAUUAGCAGUUUUUCAGUUGUUAAUUAACGGUAAUCAUGCGGUGGAACGUUUUAUUACAACACCACCAUCAAUUACGUAUGCCAGGAAAGGCAGUGAGGCUUUUUUCAAUUGGACGUUUGAGAUAACUGAGGCGUCAGUUACACCAAAUGUCAAAAAUUGGUUUCAGAGUGACGCUGUAGGGAAUUCUCUGGGGAAAAUGAUCAUGACACAAUUUUUGAACCAACCUGUUACUGUUCUAAAAGAAAGUUUUAUAAACAGAACAUCAUAUGUUCCAAAUGCUGGAAUGAUUGUGAAGAAUAUCAAGUUGACAGAUGAAGGGUACAUUGGCUGCAGCGUACAGUAUAGCAAUGGCCACUUACACAAAAAUGUCGUUCGUCUGGUAGUCACGGUGCCUCCAUCGAUUGGUCUUAAGCUGCCAAACAAGACUGUAGUUAUGGUUGACACAAAGUCCAUGCUCAGUUGCCAGUUUGAUGCGAGGCCAGCCCCAACUAUCAAAUGGCUUUUGGAUGGAAAGGAGGUUAAUGGCUCCCGUUACGUCAUAAACACAACAACGAUUGGAGUCUUCAACGACACUACACGGAUUUUUACUACGCUACUGAUUAACCUAACAAAGCCAGUAGACAAUGGUGUUAUUCAGUGUAUGGCGAUACUACCUAACGAUAACACAACAUCAAGUGUCAACCAUGUUGUCUAUUAUCCCCCACAAAAGACGAUGUUUACAACAAACAGAGCUGGGAACAUCGGGGAGCUUGGGGCGAUUACGGUGUUUACUUGUAAUGCUGAUGGAAACCCAACAGUGUUUUAUCAAAUGUAUAAAGACGGAUCUUUGCUAGCUAACACAACCCUUGGUGUAUACACAAUCAAUGCGACAAGUUUCAACGACCAGGGGACAUAUUCAUGUGUACCUGUAAACUAUCGUGGGGAGGGCCAAUCUGUAGCAUUGAAUUUCACCGUAAACGUUUCUCCUCGAUUGCAAGAAUAUUCUGGAAGUACAGUCACAAAGCUGCUUGGUCUGAAAGUUUCCUUGUUUUGCACAUUCUUUGGUCAGCCAUCUGCUAAUAUAACAUGGAGCAGAAUUGGCGGUUUUAUUUCCUCGAGGGCAAACAUAACAGCACAGACCAUUUCUACUAGUCAAAAUUUCACUGUUACAAAAAGUGAAUUGAUAUUGAAUAGUGUAUUAAAAUCUGAUGAUGGCAUUUACCAAUGUCUUGCACAGAAUACAGCAGGAGCUAAAGCUCAAAAUAUCACAUUGGACGUGCAAUAUGCUCCGGAGUUUAACAAAAGCCUAGAAAAUAAUUACACGCUUGUUGAGGAGCCUGGUAAAAAUUCAAGUUGGGCAUGCAUUGCAGAGGGCAAUCCGGUAUUAAGCAUCAACUGGUAUGUCGAUGGAGUGAUGCCCGGAGCUGGCUAUCAAAUAAUGCAACAUUCCCAAUCACUCUUGAACGGUAUCCGUCUUGUAAGUACACUAACUAUGGUUGGAAUCACGAGAAGCAAAGCAGGCCUACUGAGCUGCAACGCUACAAAUGCAGUUGGAAACGUGCAGUCCAACUCGGCUGUUUUUGUAAACUAUAAACCAUCUACUUCACUUGCUUUGAAAGCUUAUAACGAAGUUAUUCUUGGAAGGAAAAUAGUUCUUGUUUGCAAAUUUGAUUCACAACCUCAGUCGAGAAUUCACUGGGAGAAGAACAAUAUUGAAAUAAACGAUUCAACCCAUUCGAUAACAACGAGAAUAGUGCAAUCCAGUAUGUUUUCAACAAGCCUAGAAAGCAAUCUUACCAUAAAUACGGCGACAAAGAAUGACCAUGCUUCUUAUAGAUGCAUUGCUACCAAUGCUAUUGGCAACCUAACACAACUAACCUCUCUCAAAGUACUAUAUCAGCCAGAGCUACUAGCGUCACUUGUGGCCACUUCGAAUGUUCUUGAAGGGUCACGGCACCAUGCGAUAGAAUGUAAAGUGAGAUCAAACCCAGCAGCCAACAUUACCUGGACGAAAAAUGGAUCUAGGAUACAAAAUUCAAGUGAUAUUUUGAUUUAUGCGGAAUACACUAAUAUUACUGAUAGAGGAUCGACAUUAAAAAGUAAACUGGUGUUUAGCUCUAUUCGAAAGGAAGACUAUGGUAAUUACUCAUGCAUUGCGACAAAUAUUAUUGGAAGCGUCUCGUCUGAGCAGCACUUGACUGUCACAUAUAAACCAUACAUCGUUGCAUCAUCUUUGUCCAUAAUUGUCACAAAUGAAACGCAAACAGUAAAGGUAUUUUGUGAGAUUCAGUCAAGCCCUAGUUUAACUUCUGCAUAUUGGUUGCUGAAUGGUCAAUCAGCCAAUGCCGCGCACAGGAUUGUGUCGCAGUCCAACGUGGUGACGUCAUCAAAGCAUUCAAGAGUUAAACUUGAAAUUACCAUCACAAACUCAAGUCGUGUUGACAAUGGUGUUUUUGAGUGCCAUGCUGUAAACUCGAUUGGAAAUGUUUCUAAAAAUACAACUCUCAUAGUCAACUAUAAACCUUUGGUUACACAAACAAUAAACUCAUAUUACAUUGGAAAUGAAGGUUCUGCUUUUAGUUUGACUUGCCAGUUCAUAGCAAUCCCUGCAUCGCUAGUUCACUGGACUUUCAAUGGGACGAAAGUAAUGGACAAUGCUGCUAACAUGAAAACCGAGACAUCCAACACGACUUUGGUUGAUCGUGUUACAACAACAACGACGCUUUCUAUUCCCAGACUAACAAGGGGAAUGCACGGUUACUAUGCCUGCCAUGCAAGGAAUCACCAGGGUGUCGUUUCCAGGACGGCUGAGAUAACAGUUUAUUAUGGCCCAGAAUUCCAUGGGAACCUCACUGGACAGCUUGAUAUAAUGGAGUUAUCCAAUACAAGCUUUGUAUGUCAAGUUGAAGGAUAUCCAGCCCCUGACAUUCAAUGGAAGAAAGAUGGUGUACGAAUUGUGCCAGGAAGCGUGCAAAUACAGGAGAAGAUGGUAUUGGUUAGUCGUAAUAAAGUGGUCCGCCAAUCAGUUAUCAGAUUUACAAAAGUUACGGAGCAAGACACAGCAAGCUAUACUUGCGCUGCGAACAAUUCAGCUGCGACGAAUCAUACGUCAAAACGCCUCAAUGUGCUGUUUCUACCCAAACUGUUGAUCCAGUCACACAAUCAAACAGUGAAUCAAUCAGACAACGUCUUCAUUGAAUGCAGGGUAGCAGCUAACCCCCCGGUAACAAGGUAUAUUUGGACAAAAGAUGGUGCCCCUCUGUCAGAGAAAAGCUCGAAGUACAACAUCCCAUCCGCACAGGGAGCAUUAAGUGGUGUAUAUACAUGCGUUGGUGAAAAUUCUCUUGGCUCAAGCCCAGUUCUUACGAUUAAUUUUCUCGUUAACAUUCCACCAGCUUUUACAAAGCAGGCCGAAUGUAAAGCCAACACAACCACUAUGAAAAUGAUAUGUACCUGCGCAGGAACAGGGGUCCCCACCCCUAUCAUUUAUUGGACCAAAGGAAAUAGUGACGUCAUUAUUGGCAGAGGAAAUGUUUACGAGAAACAGAUUACAGCUCCAAGUGUGAAUGAAAACUAUAAAUGCAAUCUGCAGAACUUUCUGAAAAAAGAAACAAGUUUAGCCGCAUUUUAUUACAAUGUUAAUAGAUUGUCUACAUGGGCAGUUUGGAGCAGCUGCAAUGCUACUUGUGGUGAUGGCAUUCAGACUAGAGACCGUCUUUGCCUCAUUAACCCAUGUUCUAAAAAUGAGCUAAUUGACUUCAAAAACUGCACUGGAGUUUGUCCGGCUAAAACUCUAAAGCAAGAUGAGGCCUGGGCCAUUGCACUAUAUGUCCUUAUUCCAAUUAUCGUUGUUCUACUGGUAAUCAUUUUGCUAUGGGUGGCAAGAACUAACAGGCGAAAAGAAGAAGAAAGUCCAAUUGUUGUGCCUGUCUACGGGAACUUGUCAAAACCUCCUUCAACAAGAAGUGUGCCAACUAAAAGAGACAUUUACCUCCCAGAGGAGAAUUUCGGGACGAUAAAUAACGCGUACUUUGAAGUUGCUGAUACGCCUCAAAAAGAAACGGCCUUUUUCACUGUCAAUGAAGACGAAUAUGAAAACAAGGAAAUGGAGAUCACCCUAGACGAAGAAUACCCGCUAGAAUCGACAACAGAUGAAUCACCAGAAGAUUUAGAGACGAUGUCCCCAAAAUCUUCUAAUGGUGUUGAAGUAGAAAUCAACAUCGAUGAUUCGCAAGAAAACAAUGCUUUGCAGGAGACAGCAGUAGAUUCUCCCGAGGAUUCAAGUGUCAACAACAACAACAACAGUGGAGAUGUUUCUCACCCAGAAACAAACGAUGACGAUGUUCCAUAUUCGUUUUAUAAUGAAAUGGUCACAGCUCUAUAAUUUUUAGAAAUUCAGCCGUGAUGUGUUGAAGCUGUUACAUCAAAAAUGAUGUAAUCUUGACUACAUUUCCUUGGAUUAUAAUAAUCAAUUUUGAAUAUGUAAAUGGCUUCAAACAAACAUUUGCUACUGGAAAAAAUUCAACGAAUUGCUGAAAAAUUGCAUUGAUAAUGGGAAAUUUUAGUAAAAAUGUUAGGUAGAAAUCAACUUUAGAAGUAGUUUUGAUACUUAGCAUUAUCUCGACUGUAGCUUCGUCUUAAUAUUAUUGAAUAAAUUGUAUUUUGAAAUUUUUGGAUAGAAAAGCACCAUCUUUGUCUUACGUCAGAAUUCGAUAAUUUUUGUUGUGACCGUGAA